CAGCGGGAACAGAAGGCAGAGCCUGCUGACAGGUAGCCAGCAUGGACCCUGAGCCCGCCAGGGCCGGCUGCUGAGACAGGUCUCCCGGAGUCGCUCCCGAGCCUCUCCAGCUCCGGGUGAUGCCCCAGUUCACCUUCGCCUGUUUCUGUGGCCUCCACGGCUUCUGCAAGAUGAAGAGGAAGAAGGAAGAGGCCGGCGGGGGGCAGGAGACGGCCGUGUGAGGAGCGGCCCCGCCCGGGACCCCUCCUGUCCCCUCGGCUCCCCGAGGCAGAACCGGAGCCCGCCCUGACCUUGCCAAGGAUGUCACCCAGGUGUCACCCAGGUGUCACCCAGAUGUCACCCAGGUGUCACCCAGGAGCCGCUGCCACCCUGCCCGGCCACCCCGCCCCUCCCUCAUCCCGCUGGGAGCGACAAUUCCCUCCUGAUCCAGCCCAGCUCCAGCAAUUCCCAGCAGAGAGAGGCGGAAAAGUCCCAAAAACCGGCCCAGAGCUCGUCCUUGCCGGAGCCGGACGGUGCGAGGUGCAGCUCGUCCUCCCCAUCCCGGAUCCUGCCGGAAUUCCUACAAAUCCCUGGGCCACGGAUCCCCCCGGAAUUCCUACAAAUCCCUGGGCCACGGAUCCUGCUGGAAUUCCUGCAAAUCCCUGCCACAGAUCCCGCCGGAAUUCCUACAAAUCUCUGGGCCAUGGAUCCUGCUGGAAUUCCUAUAAAUCCCUGCACCACGGAUCCUGCUGGAAUUCCUACAAAUCCUUGCCACAGAUCCCCCCAGAAUUCCUACAGAUCCCUGGGCCACGGAUUCUGCUGGAAUUCCUGCAAAUCCCUGGGCCAUGGAUCCCCCCAGAAUUCCUACAAAUCCCUGCCACGGAUCCUGCUGGAAUUCCUACAAAUCCCUGCCACGGAUCCUGCUGGAAUUCCUGCAAAUCCCUGGGCCACGGAUUCCACACGUUCAUGGAAGGAGCCUCCAGCUCCUCGGGAAGGCAGAAAGAUGAAUUUGUUCCCAGCAGCAAUAAUCCUUUUUUCAUCCCAUCACACCAAGCUUCCCUCGGAGCUGCCCUGCUCACGUUCCCACCGGGAAUUUGGGGUGCGUGCCCCCAGGCAGGGCAAUUCCCGCAUCCUGGUGGCAGCCAGGAGAUUAAAAAAAAAAAAAAAAACAAACAAAACAA